AUAGAUUGAUCGAAAAGCAAGCAGCAAAAAGACAAAAAAGAAAGCUCACAAAGCAAAUGUUUAUAGUUCUUAAUGGUAAGUUCUCAUCAUAUUCAUAUCCAUAGCAUCACAAUAUGGCAACUCAUUUGAAAUACAAUCUAUUCAACACUUCAACACUUCAAAAACACAAAACACAAAAACAAAACAACUCUUUCACUACAAUCACACAAAAAACAUCAAGAUUUCAUGUUAUCAAUGCAACAUCCAAUAAUAUGAGUGCUAGACAACUCAUAGAAUCUGGUACAAUAAGAACAAUUUUGCCAAAAGAUGCUUCAACAGUUAUGAACUCAGAAGGUUUCGUUCUUCUUGAUGUUAGACCCAAUUGGGAAAGAGAGAAGGCACAUGUGAAAGGUUCUUUGCAUGUGCCAAUGUUUGUGGAAGAUAAGGAUAAUGGUCCUUUAACUUUGCUUAAGAAAUGGGUUCAUUUUGGUUAUAUUGGUGCUUGGACUGGUCAAUAUCUUACUACUUUUAACUCUGAGUUUCUUAGUCAAGUGGAAAAUGUUGUUCCUGGUAAAGGUACCAAGGUUCUUGUGGCAUGUGGAGAAGGAUUAAGGUCAAUGACAGCAACUUCAAAGCUGUAUAAUGGAGGUUACAGAAAUCUUGGAUGGUUAGUUGGAGGCUUUAGUCGUUCAAAAGACGAUGAUUUCUCAGACGUUGAAGGAAAAGAGAAGUUGAAGUAUGCUACAAUUGGAGGAGCCUCUUACUACUUCCUUCAGUUGCUCAUACUACUCCAAACUGUGAGUAAAUAGUCAUCUGGUCCUUAAAUAUGUGAGAUAGCGUCAUUAUAGUCUUUGAAUGAAUCGAAACUUAAACAUUCCUAAGUGUGUUUUCUGGACCGAUAAAUGGAGACACAUUCAAGAACCUCCACAAACUAAUCGAUGACAUGUUUGAUUUGGAAAAGACACAUUCAAAGAUAUUUUUGUAAUUUUGAUUUAUUUAGAGACUAUAAGGACACUCUAACAUAUUCAAGGAUCCAAACGACCAUUUACUCGAAUAUAUUCGUAUAUAUUUUGACAAUUUUCAUGA